AUGGGAAGCAUUGAUCACAUGCACAAACUGACAGUCUUAUCUGAUGAGGAUUGCUGGUUAUUGUUCAGAAGUAAAGUGCUGGAGCAUCGGAGUGAAGAAGAGUGUUCUGAGCUGGAAGAGAUUGGAAGGCAAAUCGUAAAGAAAUGUGGUGGGGUGCCUCUCGCAGCAAAGACAAUAGGGAGUGUCAUGCAGUCGAGAAGGACUAGAAGCCAGUGGGAGCUUGUCUUGCGAAGCAAGAUGUGGAACUCAGGCGAUGUCUUUGAAGGGAAGGAUGUGAUAGUCAAGUUAUGGGUGGCACAAGGUUUCAUCUGCUCCAUUAAUGGAAGUGGAGACGUGGAGGAAAUUGGCGAACUGUAUUUUGAUGAUUUGCUAAGGCGCUCAUUGCUCCAAGAUGCAAAAAUCAAUAGUGAUGGCAGCAUAGAAUAUUGCAAGAUGCAUGAUUUAGUUCAUGAUCUUGCGCAAUAUGUUGCAGGAAGUGACUGUUCUAUGGUGGAGAUUAGAAAGAAAGCCUCGUUAAACAUAAAUAAUGACCGGCAUUCUUUUUUAGUUGGCCAUAAUGAAGCUGAUAAAUUGGCUUCCAUUUUGGUGACCCUGCAUAAGGCCCACAAGUUGCGGACGUUGCUACUACAAGACUCAAGAAUCUCCGAGGUGCCAGACAAGUUAUUUCAUCAUUUGAGACGCCUAAGAGCAUUGGACUUCAGUAGGACUGACAUCAAGAAAUUGCCUAAGACAGUAGGACAGUUGAAACACUUGAGAUAUCUUGAUUUAUCUCACACAGACAUAGAGGAAUUGCCAGAGGAAUUAAGUAAUUGCAGAAAUUUACAGACCUUGAGACUCAAUGGCUGUCAGAAGCUAAGAAAACUGCCUAGUGGGAUGAGGAAAAUGAUUAGCCUGAGGCAUCUAGAAUUUGAAGACUCUAAUGGUUUUAGCUACUUACCAGAGGGUAUAGGGAGACUAACAGAGCUUCGGACGCUAACAAAGUUCAUUGUGGGGGGUGACAACCAAGGAUGUAAAUGUGGUGAACUAAAACACCUCAAUCAUCUUCAAGGAAGUCUUCGAAUUACCGGCUUGCAAAAUGUCAGGAGCAGGGACGAAGCUAGUGAGGCAGAACUGCAUGAGAAGCAGCACCUUCAUGCUCUAUCCUUGGAGUACAAUGACGAAGAUGGUGAACCAUUGGAUGAUGAGGUGAAGAGGAUGGACAACGUGCUCAAAAGCCUUCAGCCUCACACAAACUUGAAAGAGUUGGAAAUAUGGUAUUACAAAGGUUCCAUGCUUCCUAAGUGGAUAGGGAAUCCAAUGUUAGUUAAGGUGAAACUCUGGCAUUGUACACAUUUGAAGUCUCUGCCAGAGUUGGGACAACUCAAAGCUCUCCAAACUCUGAAUAUUGAGAAAUGUCCACAGUUGAAGUCUCUACCAAAGGAGUUGGGACAACUCAAAGCUCUUCAAACUCUGAAGAUAGGGAGCUGUCCACAGUUGAUGUCUCUACCAAAGGAGUUGGGACAACUGAAAGCCCUCCAAACUCUGCAAAUCUCCCAUUGUUCACAGUUGGAGUCUCUACCAGAGGAGUUGGGACAACUCAAAGCCCUCCAAACACUGUCAAUCUAUGAUUGUCCACAGUUGAAGUCUCUGCCAGAGGAGUUGGGACAACUCAAAGCCCUCCAAUCUCUGUCAAUCUAUGAUUGUCGACUUCCGUCUCUGCCAGAGGAGUUGGGACAACUCAAAGCCCUCCAAACUCUGUGGAUCUCCAAUUGUCUACAGUUGAAGUCUCUACCAGAGGAGUUGGGACAACUCAAUGCCCUCCAAACUCUGCAGAUCUCCAAUUGUCCACAGUUGAAGUCUCUACCAGAGGAGUUGGGACAACUCAAAGCCCUCCAAACUCUGUUUAUCCAUAAUUGUCCAGAGUUGAGGUCUCUACCGGAUCAGUUGCAACUCCUCACAAUGCCUUAUCUGUCCACUCUUAACAGAGCGUCGGCGAGAUGGAGGAGAAGAUCGUCACAAGAUUGCCCACAUCCCAAAUAUCUUCAUUUAUCCAUCUGA